UACAGACGCAUACACAACACAAUGAAGCCCGAGUUCUACGAAAUCUCCGACGACGAAUGGGAGAACCACUCCUUCAAACCCUCCCGAGUUCUCAAGAGACCGCGAGCUUCUUCUUCUUCUUCUCCUUCUCCUCCACCAAUCGAGUCAUUCGCUUACGCCUCCCGUAAGCCCGAGGUUUCCGACGACGACAGUGAUUGCGUCGAAAUCAUGCCAAACUCGGCUGGAAAUCUCGACGAGCUGGAAGAUGCUGAUGUGGACGACGGCGGUUGCGCUGUGGCGAGCCGCGGCCGGCGGUUUAUAAUUGACGAUGACGAGGACGACGAUGAUGGUGGUGGCGAUAGGGAUAGGAAUGUUGCGGAAUUGUACGAGGAGAUAGGGUCCACCGAUGACGAAGAGAUUGACGAAGGAAAUGAGGGCGAUGUGGUUGGUAGCGCUUUGCACAAGUGCGCGAGGAUCUCUGCGGAGUUGAAAGGGGAACUGUUCGGUUCUUCGGGGACAGCUUGCGAGAGGUAUUCGGAGGUGGAAUCUUCUUCAGUGAAAAUCGUAACUCAGGAGGACGUUGAUGUUGCAUGUGCGUCUGAGGAUUCGGAUUUUCAGCCUCUGCUCAAACCGUAUCAGCUGGUUGGCGUCAAUUUUUUGCUUCUGUUGUAUCGGAAGGGUAUUGGAGGAGCCAUAUUGGCAGAUGAAAUGGGCCUUGGCAAGACAGUUCAAGCCAUCACAUAUUUAACUUUGUUGAAGCGUUUGCACAAUGAUUCUGGUCCACAUCUUAUAGUAUGUCCUGCUUCUGUUUUGGAAAACUGGAAAAGGGAACUAAAAAGGUGGUGCCCAUCCUUUUCUGUUCUUCAAUAUCAUGGGGCUGGACGUGCAGCAUACUGCAAGGAGUUGAGCUCCCUGUCCAAGGCGAGAUUGCCUCCCCCAUUUAACGUUCUUCUUGUGUGUUAUUCACUUUUUGAACGGCACAGUGCACAGCAGAAAGAUGAUCGUAAAAUCCUGAAGCGUUGGAGGUGGAGCUGUGUGCUGAUGGACGAGGCACAUGCUUUGAAGGACAAAAAUAGCUUCAGGUGGAAAAAUCUGAUGUCUGUUGCACGAAAUGCAAACCAACGCUUGAUGCUGACAGGCACACCGCUUCAGAAUGAUCUGCAUGAGUUAUGGUCAUUGUUGGAGUUUAUGAUGCCUGAUAUUUUUGCUACUGAAGAUGUUGACUUAAAAAAGUUACUAAAUGCUGAAGAUAGAGAUUUGAUUGGUCGUAUGAAGUCCAUCUUGGGACCAUUUAUUUUGCGGCGUUUGAAAGCUGAUGUGAUGCAGCAGCUUGUUCCAAAAAUACAGAAGGUUGAAUAUGUGGUAAUGGAAAAGCAACAGGAAAAUGCUUACAAGGAAGCCAUUGAGGAGUAUCGUGCUGUUUCACAAGCUCGGAUAGCGAAAUGCUCUGGCCUUAACUCAAAUAAUAUUCUUGGAGUUAUUCCUCGACGACAGAUAAAUAACUAUUUUGUCCAGUUUCGCAAGAUUGCAAACCAUCCCUUGUUGAUAAGGAGAAUCUAUAAUGAUGAGGAUGUCAUUCGCUUUGCUCGGAAGCUACACCCUGUAGGUGCUUUUGGCUUUGAAUGUACUUUGGACAGAGUUACAGAGGAACUUAAAAGUUACAAUGACUUCUCUAUUCACCGGCUUUUACUUCAUUAUGGUGUCAAUGAUAGAAAGGGAAUCCUUCCGGAUAAGCAUGUUAUGCUUUCUGCAAAAUGUCGGGCCUUAUCAGAACUUCUUCCAUCACUAAAGGAGGGUGGUCAUCGUGUGUUGAUCUUUAGUCAAUGGACAUCUAUGCUUGACAUAUUGGAGUGGACUUUGGAUGUCAUUGGGUUGACCUACAAACGGCUUGAUGGAAGUACACAGGUAGCAGAGCGGCAAACAAUAGUUGAUACAUUCAAUAAUGAUACUUCAAUAUUUGCAUGCUUGCUUUCCACAAGAGCUGGCGGACAAGGCUUGAACUUAACAGGAGCUGAUACCGUUGUAAUUCAUGACAUGGAUUUUAAUCCACAGAUUGAUAGACAAGCUGAAGAUCGAUGUCACCGAAUUGGUCAAACGAAGCCUGUAACCAUAUACAGGCUGGUGACUAGGGGAACAGUUGAUGAAAAUGUUUAUGAGAUUGCAAAGAGAAAGCUAGUAUUGGAUGCUGCUGUCCUCGAGUCCAUGGAGGUGAUUAAUGAAGGUGACAUGCCUGAGAAGACCAUGGGAGAGAUAUUGUCAGCAAUUUUGUUGAGUUAAAAUAUGGAGCCAAAGAAAACUUGUAACUUAAUUUAUCAUCCAUUGCCUUCUACUUUUCUUUUUCCCUAGGUUUUCCUUCCUCUCCUACAGUUCCGAUCUUAAAUGAACCAUUUGAUGAAUUGGGAGAAAAGAGGACUAGUCAUCCUUCAAAUUGGUAGGUAUGUCGUACUGGUGUACUGCUGUACAUUAUCCUCAAUGUUCAUGUGUUGAAGUCAAUAAUUAUUGUAGUCAGUAUCAAUAGGAAAAUCAGCUUAAAGUAGUCAUGGUAGAAAUUAGCGAAUUUGUCGAACAUUACACUUGAAGCCCCAAUAAAGAAAGCUUACAGUGCAUUUUAAAUUUUCAUCUAUAUUUUCCCUCUUCAAACUGCCCCAUCCUUGGACUGGUCAAUUAUAUCUGUAA